AUGGCGGGGAUGAAUGGAGACCGUAAAGGGAAGAAAGAUGACAAUGGGAUUGGUACAGCCAUUGACUUCAUGCUUUCCAAUGCCAAGCUUGUGUUGGGAGUGGGAGGAGCAGCCAUGCUUGGCAUUGCAACACUAGCUGUCAAAAGAAUGUAUGACCGUGCCAUAAGUGCUCCCACCAGCCCCACAAAGAUGGAGCAGACAGGAAAGAGGAGCUGGGAGGAGCCCGCCUGGAUGGGUUCAUCACCACGGGUACUGAACCAUGACAUGAAGUCCACCGUUAGCAGGUCACUGCAGUCUCUGCCCACUUCCUCACAUACUUAUGAACCAGACUGUCUGCGCAGAGCUAUGGGUCGAGCUGCUGUGGGAGGCAGUGGUGCCACUGAGUCAGACAUGAUGCGGGCCCGAAUGCGUCUGUCCCUGCAGGAACAUCUGUGGGAGUUCUACCAGUACAAUGUGAACAUCCCUGCCGAGGAGCAGGCUGUGGCUAGGAGGGCAGCGCUGGACAUCUGUGCUGAGCUCAGAGUGUUCCUUCACGCCAAACUGCCUGACAUGCCGCUCAGAGAGAUGUACCUGAGUGGCAGUCUCUAUGAUGACCUGCAGGUGGUGACAGCUGACCACGCCCAGCUCAUGGUGCCUCUAAUCCUGGAGAAGAACCUGUGGUCGUCCGUCCCCGGGGAGGACACCAUCAUGAACGUCCCAGGUUUCUGGCUUGUCCGCAGGGAGAAUUUGGAAUAUUUCCCGCGGAACAGCAGCUACUGGGACCGCUGCAUGGUCGGAGGUUACCUCUCCCCUAAAUCAGUCCUCGAGGUCUUUGACAAGCUUGUGGCUGGCUCCAUCAACUGGCCAGCUAUAGGGAGUGUCCUCGACUACAUCAUCCGUCCUGUGGUUCCUUCAGAGACACUGACCCUUGAGGUGCAGUACGAGACGGACCGGAAGCUGUAUGUGGACUUCCUGCCAUUACUUGUGAUGGAGGAUGGAACCUCACUGAUCGCCAAACCUCAUCGACUUGCCGCAGAGCGCCAUGAAAACCUGUGGCGGCAGAGCUUCCGCGUGGCUGAGACGGCGCGACUCAGGGCCCUGGACCAGGAGGACGGAGGCUGCCGAUGUGCUUGCCUGAAGUUGGCGAAGGCCGUGUGCAAGCUCAACCCUGCCCUUAACCGGCUCAAUGCCAGCCAGCUCACCAACGCCAUCUUGUUGCUGUGCGAAAAAGAAGGUGACUGGACCCAGGAAGCGCUGGCCGACCGCUUCCUUCAACUGCUACGAGCGCUAGUGGGACACCUAGAGGCCGGGAGGCUGCCAUGUGCCCUUAGCCCUAAAGUUAACUUAUUCUGUGAGCUGACUGAUCAAGAAGUGGACGAGCUGGGGUAUACUCUCUACUGCGCCCUCUCAGAUCCUGAAGGGCUGCUGAGAACUGCUGUGGCAGAGCCCCUCCAUCCCUGACGACCUCAUAUAUCACUUCUCAGCAACACAGCGUUGAAGUGUCCACCACUGUUUUGUGGGCAACGGUGACCUCGAGCCUACAAAAGGUUCUUGGGGGGGAAAAUAGAAGUGCAUGGAAUCAUCCUCUCUCCUGAAACACAUGGUCUACUCAUUCUUAAACGCCACUUUACAAAUCAGUGAGAACAUGUGAUACACACAGUAGCAGUUACUGAGCUCUGAGAUCUGUUUGAGUCUUGACAUGAAAGCUGCAUAUGUGUUGUGAUCAUGCAGAUACUAUUUUAAUCUCAGAUGUAAGUGAAGGUCCAUUGGAUUUCAUGGCUCUCACUACAGCCAUUGUAUUAAUGAAGUUAAUAUCAAAAUGAAAGGGGAACACAUGUAAUCUAAGACACAGUAUGUACCUCUGAUUAUAUUGGAGCUCUUUUUAACUGAUCUGGAAGUUUUAGGAGGACAGACACAUCCCAUGCAGUUAAAUGUCGUUUACUGUUUUGAGAUAGGCCCGUGCCACUGUGUUAAGGGAUAGAAUGUAAUGUUGAUUGUGUGUAUGCCAACCCAAAAGCUAAUAAAUCGUUGAUCAGCCUGAA